CAGAAAGACAGCAGAAAAGGCAGACAGCAGUAUCAGAAUACAGAGUGCAACAUUUUAUUCAUGAUACUCUGGCAUCUAAAAUCUACUUAGUAAGAGCAGACCAUCUGGGUUAAGAAAAAUACAACAGUUGAGGGACAGCAUUGGGCUGUGAGCAAGAUCAGACUGAUUCGACUGAACAUCUGCCUCACGCCUUAAAAUGUCCUCCAACAUUUACGAAGUCCCAAAUGUGACUACAAGCGUGAGAUACAGCAAAGGAGUCGGAAAGGACAGAGGGGAGCGACUGGAGAGAGUAGUGGACAUCUACGAGAGCACAGACGCUUUCAUUGACCAUCAGGUUGACACUUCAGCACGGGAUGGAGGUGCGCACACUCAAAACCACCUCCCAGCUGUCCAAAGAUACCCGUUCAGAGCUGCAACGCUGUGUCUGGCUCUCCUGUGUUUCCUGCUGUUCCUGGGGAUGACCUUUCUGUCCCACUUCUAUUUUACACUCGUUUUGAAAAACAAUCAGCUCAUCAAGGAUGCAGAGCUGACAGUCAACAGUGAGUGCGAGACAGAUGACAACGAUUCAAGAUGGAGGAGAUUCAAAUGUCAUUGUUACUACACAUCUACUGAGAUGAAAACGUGGGCAGAAAGCAGGGAGGACUGUAGAAAAAGACGAGCAGAUCUGGUGGUAAUAAACAACGAAAUGGAACAAAAAUAUAUACAUGAUCUGAACAAACAUGGAGAUUCCUGGAUUGGUCUGGAGGGGGUGACGGGUAGUGAUUGGAAGUGGAAGUGGCAGUGGGUGGACAGCUCACCGCUAACUGGUUUUACGGCCUGGAACAAAGACGUGAAAUUAAUUCCUGUGGAUGAGACCAAAGUCUAUAUUGAUCUACAAGGAAAAUGGAAUGUCGCCAGCAGCGGAGCCAAAUACUGGAUCUGUGAGAGGCAGAUCUAUUGAGAAUCUCGAACGCACCAUGUAACUGCCCACUGUUGAACUUCAGUAUGAACCCUGAGCCGACUGGGCCCCUCCCCAACCCGCUGCCUUGUUUCUGUGAUUUCUGAUCAGCUCUCCGCAGCUUUUGGCUUGAGUUUGAUUGCUGUGUUGCAAGACUAUAUGGAGUUAAAUCAAUUGUAUGUUGUUGCUUGGUGUUUGAGCUAGCAGCCUUUCCACAGUUACCAGAUUCAGACUGACUGCAUCGCUGCUCGAUGUGAGAGUAUAAAUGACAGAGAAGACUAUGUAUUAUAUUAAUGACUUAAUUAACUAAUUAAGGGUGGAUCAAAAAGUUACCAGACGACACCUGUAAAAAUCCAAAACCUGAUUCAAAUUCAGCUGCUAUCCCUGUUGAAAUAGUGUCCUUGCUCAGCGAUACUCUGCUGCCAGUGCUCCUGCAACACUUCAAACACAUUUUUUAAAAUGUUUUUUAUUUUUUUAACAGAAUGUAGUUAGUGAAAAUGGUUUAUUUUUACAGAUUUCAUUUUUACUGAGACGUGUAUUAUAAAAUGAUUUUGAUACAGAUCACAA